AUGGCCAAACGUUUUGCACGUUACCUCAAAGGUACGGCGGCGCUCAAGAUCCCCAUGAAGCCCGAGUAUGAUGGGGACGGGACGAUGCGGCUCGAGGCAUUCAGCGACGCAGACUACGCUGCCGAUAAGUCCGACAGAAAGUCAGUGACUGGCGGCGUGGUGCGCCUGAACCGCAUGGCCGUGAGCUGGAGCGCACGAAAACAAGGAGGCGUCGCGCUGUCGACAAUGGAGGCCGAGUUCGUCGCGGCAAGCGAGGUCGCGCGCGAAGUGCUCGGACUGCGCGAGAUGUUGCGCGAAGUGGGACUCGAGCCGGCGCUCCCGAUGCAGCUGCACGUUGACAACCAAGCGGCGAUCAGCCAGAUCGCCGGCGAGGCGUCGUCGCUGAAGGCGAAACACGUGGACGUUCGGCUCAAGUUCCUCUGCGACUUCGCGCGUCGUGGUGUCGUAGUGGCGAUCUACGUGCGGUCGGAGCAAAUGCUGGCGGACCUCAUGACGAAGGCUCUGGACGCGACAAAGCUGAGAACGUUGCGCGAGCUCAUGUGCAUCGGCUAG